CGUCGUCCACCUCACGCACCCCAAUCUGAAGUGCUCAGCUCAAAGCACUGAACCCACUUGACACGCAGCGAAAGAAAGGGGAAGAGGAAGAGGGAGGAAGGAAGAUCUCAGCCAUGGGGAUUGCCAGAAAUCUCUCUCCAAGCCAACUCCAAUCGUUCCAAACUCAAGGAUUUCUAGUUCUUGAAUCAUUUGCUAGCCAUGAAGAAGUGGUCGCUAUGAGGACCAGAAUGGACCAAUUGCUCCAUGACUUUGAUUGCUCGUCCACCGCCUCCAUCUUCUCCACCAAGAACCAGCAAAGGACUUCUGAUGAUUACUUCUACGAUAGCGUGGAGAAGAUAUCAUUUUUCUUCGAAGAGAAAGCAUUUGAUGGUGACGGAAACUUAAAGCAACCUAAGGAACUGUCAAUUAACAAAGUUGGACAUGCGCUGCACGAGAUAGAUCCGGUCUUCAAAAGAGUCUCUAGUUCAGAUAAAGUAUCAAGCUUAUUCAUAUCAUUAGAUUAUAAGAGGCCAGUGAUCAUUCAGUCAAUGUACAUAUUUAAGCAACCAGGUAUUGGUGGUGAAGUGGUGCCUCAUCAAGAUAAUUCAUUUCUUUAUACUGAACCAACAACUUGCACGGGGCUAUGGUUGGCUUUAGAAGAUGCAACCAUAAUAAAUGGUUGCCUGUGGGCUAUUCCUGGAUCCCACAAAAAUGGUCUUUUGAGAAGAUUCCUUAGGAAUGAAGAGGGUGUGCACUUUGAUCGGCCCUUGCCAUCCUAUGACCAAAAAGAUUUUGUACCUAUUGAAGUCAAAGCUGGCUCCUUGGUUGUGAUUCAUGGUGAUCUUAUUCAUCAAAGUUUUGAGAACCAGUCUUCAAAAUCAAGGCAUGCCUACAGCUUACAUGUAAUUGAUACUGUUGGUUGCGAAUGGUCUCCUGAUAAUUGGAUCAGAAGAAAAGUGGAUCCCAAGCCCCUUUAUGUUUCUUGAGUGAAGCUAAAACAACAACAUAGUUUUAAGUCUCUAGGGUAUGUAUAAUAUAGAACUUUCUCUUUGAACAACCUAAUUAAGAGAGCAUGCUAACAAGUUGGUUCAACAUUUUAAUGUUAUUUGCUUUCUCCUUGUGACACUGUUCAACUGCUUACUGUCAUUGUAUUAUGUGGUGCAAGGUUAUUCUCUAAUUGGGUUCCCAUAGUCCGUUAUGAAUAGUGCUCAUUCCCCA